AGGUUUCCCUAAGCCCAAGCUGAGAGCAUGGCGGUCGAAGAAGUUGGCCGACUCGAGGAUCCCCUUGGCACAGAGGAAGCCCACAGUAGCAGCGACGGGGGAGGAUGUGAAUGAGAGGACUGUGUUGGGCAUGAAUAAGGAGGAACGGGAGGAAACGAUGGCUGAG